CACACUCAAAGAAGCAGAUUCAGAUCAUUUAACUUGUAUAAAUACUCUUUACAUCCUAACAGGUUCUCAAUUUUCAAACUUCCAAUAUAUUCAAGCUAUCAGAAACACUAAAAUGGAAUAUGUAAUAGAAUCAAACCGAAUAUUCCUCAAAUAACAAUUAGUUGCACAUGAUACUGAAGUAACAGCACAGUAUUUCGUCAAUGUUGUGGAUUUGUUUAAAUCUGUGAACGCGAAUCGCUCAUAAAACGCGGUACUUGUGGUUUUGUUCCUUGUUUUAUGAAUAGUUCAAUUACGGAGGUUAACAUGAGCGUCCCGAGCCGUGCGACUAACUCAAACAAUACGAUUUUAUCUGAGGAACGGACAUGUCACAGAAGUCAAAUGACAUCAUCAGAUGCUGUUGGACGUUCAAUGGCACUUUACCUAUAAAUCAUAAUCAUGCUCUACAUCAUGGAAUAAAAUUAAUGCCUCACAUAAACAUGCCUCACAGAGAAGUAGGAGCAACAACACCUUUGGUUAAUAACUCCGGCACAGCUAGUACGUGCUCUAUGUCCCUACCAGGUUCGAUGUCAUCGGCAUCGGACACUGUUUGUAAUAUUCUUCCACAUAACACUUCAGAUAGCAGCUCAAUAGACCUCGCUAGUCUUUUCGAAUGCCCGGUUUGCAUGGAUUAUGCUCUACCACCUAUUAUGCAAUGUCAAAGUGGACAUAUCGUUUGCGCGUCGUGCCGGUCAAAACUCUCAUCAUGCCCAACUUGUAGAGGCAACUUAGAUAAUAUCCGGAACCUCGCAAUGGAAAAACUUGCUCCAGUGUAUUAUUUCCUUGCAAAACAUGAAGCAGCUUGCGAGUAUAGGCCCUAUGAUUGUCCAUGUCCUGGUGCUUCAUGUAAGUGGCUUGGUGAAUUGGAACAAGUUAUGCCCCAUCUCGUGCAUCACCAUAAAAGCAUUACAACUUUACAAGGCGAAGAUAUUGUAUUUUUGGCUACUGACAUAAGUCUUCCAGGUGCUGUAGACUGGGUUAUGAUGCAAUCUUGUUUUGGACAUAGUUUUAUGCUGGUUCUAGAAAAACAGGAACGUGUACCAGAUCAGAUAUUUUUCGCUCUUGUCCAACUCAUCGGAACUCGGAAACAGGCAGAUCAGUUUGUGUACAGACUUGAGUUAAACGGGCAUCGUCGACGAUUAACUUGGGAAGCUUGUCCACGUAGUAUUCAUGAUGGUGUUCAAUCUGCAAUCGCUGUGUCUGACUGUUUAGUGUUCGAUUCUAAUACUGCUCAUUCAUUUGCUGAAAAUGGUAACCUAGGAAUUAAUGUGACUAUUUCCCAAGUUUCUCCGUCUAUUUCAUAACUUUAAGCAUUCAUUACAUUUUUUCCGUACUUUUUCUUUUCUUCCAUUUUUGUUGAGAAAAUCCAGUUCACAUUAUUAUCCGUUUU